AUGCUGUUAUCCUGUCGACAAGGUUUGGGAACCCGGCGCCUGCUGCUGUCGCUUCUCUUGUUGGCAGCCUGGGAGGCGGGGAGCGGCCAGGUCCACUACUCGGUGCCCGAGGAGGCCAAACACGGCACGUUCGUGGGCCGCAUCGCGCAGGACCUGGGGCUGGAGCUGGCGGAGCUGGUGCCGCGCCUGUUCCGGGUGGCGUCCAAAGGCCGCGGGGACCUUCUGGAGGUGAAUCUGCAGAACGGCAUUCUGUUUGUGAAUUCUCGCAUCGACCGCGAGGAGCUGUGCGGGCGGAGCGCGGGGUGCAGCAUCCACCUGGAGGUGAUCGUGGACAAGCCGCUGCAGGUCUUCCACGUGGAGGUGGAGGUGAAGGACAUUAAUGACAAUGCGCCGGUGUUCCCAGUGGCAAUAAAAAAUCUGUUUAUUUCCGAAUCCAGGCCUCCGGGUUCACGGUUUCCACUAGAGGGCGCGUCAGAUGCAGAUACUGGAGUGAAUUCUCUGUUGACCUAUGGGCUUGACUCCAAUGAGUAUUUUACACUGGAUGUUAAAAAAAAUGAUGAGGAAAUAAAAUCUCUGGGACUCGUGUUGAAGAAGCUUUUAAACCGAGAGGAAAUUUCAGAGCAUCAUUUAGUAAUAACGGCAGUUGACGGUGGGAAGCCAGAGCUCACUGGAACAACUCAACUGAAAAUUACUGUGCUGGAUGUAAACGACAACGCCCCAUCAUUUGAGAAGAUGGUCUACAAAGUGAGAUUAUUCGAAAAUGUACCAAAUGGUACCCUGGCAGUGAUUGUUAACGCUUCUGAUUUGGAUGAAGGGAUAAAUAAAGACAUUGUAUAUUCUUUAAGUUCUGACACGUCGGCAGAUAUUCUGUCAAAAUUCCACUUAGAUCCAGUCAAUGGACACAUAAGUGUAACGGGUAAAAUAGAUUUCGAAGAAAAAAUGUCAUUUGAAAUCCAGGUAGAAGCAAUUGAUAAAGGAAAUCCCCCGAUGACGGGUCACUGCACUGUUUUGUUGGAGAUUGUGGACACCAAUGAUAAUAUACCUGAAUUAGUAAUAAAAUCACUAUCAUUACCAGUAUCAGAAGAUGCUCCCCGCGGCACUGUCAUCGCCUUGAUCAGCGUGUCUGACCGCGACUCCGGCUUAAAUGGGCAAGUGACCUGCUCCCUGACACCUCUUGUCCCCUUCAAGCUGGUGUCCACCUUCAAGAAUUACUACUCGCUGGUGCUGGACGGCGCCCUGGACCGCGAGAGCGUGCCGGCCUAUGAUCUGGUGCCUGCUGGUGCUGACGCUGCUGCUGUACACGGCGCUGCGGUGCUCGGCGCCGCCGGCAGAGGGCGCGUGCGGUCCGGGGAAGCCGAGGCUGGUGUGUUCGAGCGCGGUGGGGAGCUGGUCGUGCUCCCAGCAGAGUAG